ACUUUUCUCUCUCACAGGGGGGGUGAGUUAUUCGGAAGAUGGCGCCCGUUGUUACGGGGAAGUUCGGUGAGCGUUCACAGCCUCAGCGUUUGACAAGGGAGGCUAUGAGGAAUUACAUGAAGGACAAAGAUGAUCAAACGGUGCUCAUACUACAUGCAAAAGUGGCCCAAAAGUCCUACGGCAAUGAAAAAAGGUUUUUCUGCCCUCCGCCCUGUGUGUACCUGCUGGGCAGUGGCUGGAAGAGGAAGUUGGAGAUUAUGGAGAAGGAGGGUUGCACGGAGCAGGAGGCUCAGCCAUGUGCAUUCAUCGGGAUAGGCAACAGUGAGCAGGAGAUGCAGCAACUCAAUCUGGAGGGGAAGCACUUCUGCACGGCUAAGACGCUGUACAUCAGUGACUCGGAUAAAAGGAAACACUUCAUGCUCUCUGUGAAGAUGUUAUACGGCAACAGCGCCAACAUAGGAGUCUUCCUCAGCAAGAGGAUCAAGGUCAUUUCGAAGCCCUCCAAGAAGAAGCAGUCCUUGAAAAAUGCAGAUUUGUGUAUAGCUUCCGGGACUAAGGUGGCGUUGUUCAACCGCCUCCGUUCCCAAACGGUCAGCACCCGGUAUCUUCACGUGGAGGGCGGAAACUUUCAUGCCAGCUCCCAACAGUGGGGCGCCUUCUUCAUCCACCUCUUGGACGAGGAGGAGUCUGAGGGGGAGGAGUUUGCUGUGAGAGAUGGCUACAUCCAUUAUGGCCAGACGGUCAAGUUGGUCUGUUCUGUUACUGGCAUGGCCCUGCCCAGACUGGUCAUUCGCAAAGUCGACAAGCAGAUGGCGUUGAUGGAGGCGGAUGACCCAGUGUCUCAGCUGCACAAGUGUGCCUUCUACCUGAAAGACACAGAACGGAUGUAUCUCUGUCUCUCCCAGGAGAGGAUCAUCCAGUUCCAGGCCACACAGUGCUCCAAAGAGACCAACAAAGAUAUCAUCAACGAUGGGGCUUCCUGGACUAUUAUUAGCACUAACAAGGCAGAGUACACCUUUUAUGAGGGCAUGGGUCCCGUCCCCACACCGGUCACACCUGUUCCUGUGGUGGAGAGUCUGCAGUUGAAUGGAGGAGGAGAUGUGGCGAUGUUGGAACUGACAGGACAGAACUUCACCCCUAACCUCAGAGUGUGGUUCGGAGAUGUGGAGGCUGACACCAUGUACAGGUGUGGAGAGAGCAUUCUGUGUGUGGUGCCGGACAUCUCUGCCUUCAGGGAGGGCUGGCGCUGGGUGAGGCAGCCGGUGCAGGUCCCGGUCACACUGGUCCGCAACGAUGGAAUCAUCUAUGCCACUGCCCUGACCUUCACCUACACCCCUGAACCUGGGCCGCGGCCCCACUGCAGUGCUGCCGGGGCUAUUCUGCGCUCACACAGCACCUCUUCGUCAUCACCGGCGUCUUCCUCUUCGCCAUCAUCCUCGCUGGGUGGGCACGUGGACGUCCAGGUGGCUUACAACAGUAGUGACUCUGGGAUGUCUUCAGGAGCUUCCACCAUGUCAGUGCUGUCGUAGUCACACCCAUCGUGUGUGUGUGUGUGUGCGUGCGUGUUGUUUUGUGAAUGAGAUAGAAAAUGUGUGCACGUACUUUCCAAAGAGGCUCAUGGACCUUUUGAAGGGCUGCACAGGAACUCUUCAUGACAGAGCAGCUGUGGAAUCACGAGGAAGGAACGAGCGAGUCGAGGGAAAAAAGUUCACCGACAUUACUUGGGAUUACUGACUCCUCUCUGUAGCUCCAUCUUGUGGUUCGUUGUGGACACGACAUGCGCCCCAAUCUGAGAAGCUUGAUGUCUCCAAACGUCACUUAAAAGGAGAUGAAUCUGCCAACAAACCUGAUUUGUAAACAAAAAAACAUUUAGUUUUUUAUACAUGGGCUUGAAAGCUAUUUUCACUGUGCUUUCUUUUUGCCACAGUCAAUUUGUACUGUGGGGAUUUUUCUGUUGUGUGUAAGGGAAACAUUUUGUUGUAAGAGUAACAUAGUUUUUACGGACCAAGAAAUAUUAUUAUAUUAUUUUAUUCAUAUUAUAUUUUAUAAGCUUUUGCUGAGGUACAUUAUGACAUUUGCAUAGUAAGUUCACUUUUGUUACCAAAUAGAGUUUUGUCUCAGUGGAGGGUUAAAGGUUGAAACGGCUUUUAGUGAGUCUCUAGUAGUCUGACACCUCACCUCUAAUUUAAUAUCCACUGGUGUGUUUUGGAACUUGAUACCCAAAAUUCAUACUUAUUACCAGAACUUUUCACAAUUCCACAUGCUGUGCAAAAAACAAAUGAUCAAACUGUGUUUUUAAGAAGGCACUUUAAAGAAUGAAGACGUGAGCAUAUCUGGCCCCAGUUAUUCGCUUAGAGCUUCUAGGAUCGGUCUCUUUACAUCCAAGAUGACCGUUUUUGAUUAGUGUAGUGUAUUUGUGGAUAACAUAUGACACUAUAAGUGUCUUCUGUGAGACCAAGGUCUAGAUUUUCUAAUCAGCGAGCUGUUUUUGUACUGUUCUUAUAUUCCCAGAGGAAAAAGUAAUUGAACCAAGAGAAAGCAUUUCUAAACUGUCUUUGUGACUUUUUACUCUUUCAUGUGUUUGAUUGUAAGAGGCCUCAAGAGUCCUUUUGUGCUUACGUGUUGGAAGAAGAGCUUUAACACCGUCUUUGCCGUGGAGCUUGUAGUUCACCUGCUCAGUUACCAUGCUGGGGCUGAGCUGUGUCUGCUGCAGAUACAGUAGAUCUUAACUCCAGAACAAUCACCUGUGCUUGUGCUCUGAGUCUUCUGGGAUGAGAUGAUGGCUUGUCCAGACUCAGACUCUCCGCCCUCCUUGUUUAGAAAGUCAAAAUGUAACUGAAUUGAUGUACUGAGCAGUUUAUCUUGCCUUAAAAACCACUACCUGCAGUACCUGACUCACAAAGUGCCCUGAUUCCCAUCAUUCUGUUUGCAUCAUACUCUGUCAUAUGUAAAAAUUGACAUCAAAGUUAAGUAAAUGUGGCUGAUUAGACAACUUUUUGCCCAUUGGAAGUUUUCAAGACAGUGACGUGAAUCGCUUCAGUUGUAACAUAUGUGUUUUCACCGUGCCUAAUAGAUUUAUAGUUGUAUAGAUUUAAGUAUUUACAUCACCUCUUCUUUGGUGCCACCGAACUCCACCUGAAAGCCCUUUUGUGUCCACUCCAUUGUUUUCCCUCCAUGCUCCCAGCACAGUAGAUGUAUUAGAGGAACAAACUGUAGAUGAGAUCCUGCUCGUCUCUUAACUGAUGUACAAACAUUUCAUAGAGAUUCUGUUACUGCAGAUUUCAGUAUUACAACUGGUUCUGCAGAGGUGAAUGUGUCUUUGUUAUUUGUACACCUUAUAAAAAUCUUUGCUUAUUUCAAA